AUGCAGCGACUGUGCCCGAGGGCCCUGCGGCGCGCCUCUGCGGGCGGUAUGGCGCGCCUCGCUGUACCCGUCUCGCACGCGAGCCCCGCGCUUGUGGUGCCGCGUCGAGAGGCUUCGUCGUUAGAGUCACCUGCGAACGGGUCUGCAGAGGCCAAUCGCUCGCCAGCAAAGCCAUCCGCAGCUGGCGCGACACAGGCUGCACCAGAGCUGGACGCAGAGGCGGCAGGGCAGGUGCGGCUUGCGCAGGAGUUGGGCGAGCAGGUCUUCAGUGAGAAUACGGAGAUCCUGAAGAACAUAGCGGUUCGCGGGCUGCGCGCCUUUGUCAUGUGUGCUGUCGGCGUCGCCGCCUUCAUGUGGGCGAUGAAAAAGAAAAGGCAGGAACGCCAGGUGAAUGUACUGCCAGCUGUCGACGCUCCCCGCUCCGCGCACGCGCAGGGGCAUGACGACCCAACGCAGCGGUACUUGCAGGAGAUGCGCGGGCUCGGCUUUGAUGUGGAGACGUUGGAGGAGGAGCUGGAGCAUGAGCGAGCCGCCAAGGUCGCUGAUUCUCAGAAGCUCGCGGGACGGUUGUCGUAA